AUGUCUUUGGUGCUACAAGAGCAGUAUCAGCAGCAGCACGAGUUGAGCUCGAACACACCCAGGUCAUCCCAGGAGCAACAUUGCUACUCGUCUCCGACGUCGUUGGAAAGUUACGGGAAGCUGCGACAAAGUAAUACGAUCGGUGGGUCGCAGCGCCCCAUAGAUCCGCUUGAUGGCGCAGGUUUCGUGCUUGAGCCUCAGCUGCUUCCAGAUGGCGGUGCAGAGCGUACUGGCGCCGGAGGCGCCAGUACGCCCGACCACGUCAGCCCCGAUACACAAAAUAUCCAAACACAGCUGGACAGGUACCAUCUGGGCAAAAACGAGCUUCUGGAAGAGAACAGGCUGGUGAGGUGCGGGUCGUUCAUCCAGAGCGCAGAGGACGAGGGCCAGGUGCUGCUCAACGGAGACACGUCGCGUCCCCGGUCCGCGCGGCGCGGUACCCGUGCGUCGCUUGACUCGCAGGUGUCGCAUGCCACGUACGCUUCCAGAAAACAGCCCAUACGACCACCGCAUCCGCCGUUCAAUUCUGAAGAGCAUGCGCGAAUCGUGCCGCUCCGACAUCCAAACUCGCCUCCCGAGCCCGAUCUGGUGCGCGAAUCAAGUCACCUAGAUGGCGUGAACAGCUCGCACAGCUCGAUUCAUUCGUUUCCGGCCAGUCCACGGCCCAACGUGAUAAAUGAAGGCGGUUUGAAGAGGUCGGAAUCAGCGACCGCUGAGAUUAAGAAAAUGCGCGAGUCGCUACUACAAAAACGAGAAAUGCGCAAGAAGCAGAAAAACUUUCUCGACGAUGACCACGUACUCAUCGGCAACAAAGUCAGUGAGGGACACGUGAACUUCACCAUAGCCUACAACAUGCUCACGGGCAUUCGCGUGGCUGUCUCGCGCUGCUCGGGGAUCAUGAAACCUCUAACAACGCGCGACUUCAAGUUUACCAAAAAGCUGGCCUUUGAUUUCAAUGGUAACGAGCUGACUCCAAGUUCACAGUACGCUUUCAAGUUCAAGGACUACUGUCCCGAGGUGUUCCGUGAAUUGCGCGCACUGUUUGGUCUGGACCCAGCAGACUAUCUGAUGUCGCUGACGUCCAAGUACAUUCUCAGCGAGCUAAAUUCCCCUGGCAAGAGUGGCUCUUUUUUUUACUUCAGCAGGGAUUACAAAUAUAUCAUCAAGACCAUUCAUCACGCGGAACAUCGCCAUCUGAGGAGAAUUCUAAAAGAGUACUAUGAGCAUGUGCGGGAAAACCGAGAUACCUUAAUUUCCCAGUUCUAUGGGCUUCAUCGUGUGAAAAUGCCCUAUUCUUUCAAGCAUAAGAUCAAGCACCGUAAAAUCUAUUUUCUGGUGAUGAACAACCUUUUCCCUCCACAUUUGGAAAUACACACAACUUUCGAUUUGAAGGGCUCCACUUGGGGUCGAUACACAAACGUGCGGAGCGACUCGAAGGACGCGGCCAACCAUCGUCCAGUUUUGAAAGACCUCAACUGGCUGGAAGAGCAGCGCAGUUUGCAAUUGGGACCCUUGAAGAAGAAGAAAUUUCUUACGCAGAUGAAAAAGGAUGUUGACCUUCUGGCGCGUCUCAAUAUCAUGGACUACUCGCUACUUUUAGGUAUUCACGACGUCGAUCAAGGCAACAAUUUACUUGACGACAGGAACAAGCUGGCUAUGUUUUCUCCAAAUUCGUCUAGUCUUAAAGAGGUCAAGAGAAAUUCGGUUGCCCAACAGCACCGUCAGCAAUCCACUUCUGCGGUGUCGCACUUUUUCCAGCAAGACGAAGGUGGCUUGCGUGCGUCAGAUGCGCUCAAUAACAACCUCGACAGAAUUUAUUAUGUCGGAAUCAUUGAUUGUUUGACAAACUAUUCCAUGGUAAAAAAACUAGAAACGUUUUGGCGAGGGCUCAACCAUGACUUGAAAGUCGUGAGUGCUAUCCCUCCGCGGGAUUAUGCAGAUCGUUUCUACGAAUUCAUCGAGGAGUCUGUGAACAGAGUGCCCGCGCCUCAAUACAAAGACGAUGAGAAAAGAGUCGCCUACAAGGACGAUGUUAAAAACAAAUAA